AUGAGUUCUUUCUCACCAAGGCUAACUAAAGUGUAAACGAAAACAGGAUUCAUAGGUACUUUCGAGGCUGAAUUAUUUGCUCAACAACAAAACACUCAAUUAAGGGCUCAGAGAAUGUAAUAGAUUCGUAAAUAAGAAUCAGACUUAACCAAAAAGAAAAUACAACUUCAGUAGUAGCAACAGCAAAAAUAAUAAGAGGAAGAGAUGAAGAAAUAAAAAUAUUAGGAAUACUUAUAAAAGAAGGCUUAGAUUGAAUAAUUGGAGUAAGCACGUUAAUAAACGAUACUCGAUUAAUAACGGUAAGCAAGGGAGGCUGAGGAAUACAGAUAGAGAGAAUAUGAAUUGUAGUAGGAAAAGUUGAAAAUGUAGGCUUACUAUGAAGAGCAGGCUUAAAAAAGAUUUCAAGAAGCCUAGGAAUGGAAAAAACAAUCCUUUUUGGAAACAUCAUAAGGAAAGGCACUUUAAAUUUAAAAUUAAAGAAAAGAAGCAUCGAUUAUUGAAAAACAAAAAGAAGCUUAAUCUGUUGCUAUUUACAAAGAAUCCUCAAAAAAUAAGACAUCAUCUACAUUUACUUAAGAUCUAGAGAGUUAUGAAAAAUUUGAUAAAAACAUAUCUCGUAGAUAAAUAUUAAAGCCUGAAGAUUUCGCUAAUACAUGCUUUCAUAAUCCUUAAGUAGUUAAACAUGAUAUAGAUUUGGAAAAAGAAAAUGCCAUGGAAAAAGCAAACCAAACAAUGAUAGAAACACAAGCACUGCUUUUAGAGUAGGCCAGAUAGAAGAGAGAAUAAGAAAGAGCAUAGAAAUAAAGAAGUCAGAAAGCAUUAUCUAAAGAGAGAUAAAUUAAAGUAAUGGAAUAAUUAGAAUAAGAAACUAAAUUUAUUAAAAAACAAGAAAUCAUUUAAUUAUAAAAAACUAAACCUCCAACCAGAAAACCUAAAUCUGAGAAAAACCAUUAAAAAAUAUUAUCUACAGAAUUCGACAAGAUGUUUAAUUGUAACAAUUCUUCAAUUGAGGUCAGAGAUCACAGAGUUAAGUCAAAUUCACCCAAAAAGUCCUUAACAACAAAAAAUAAAGAAAAACAGAGACCUAAAUCUGUAAAGAUCUUUACUAAAGCUCCUUUAGAUACAAACCUUUUAAAUGAUCCGUAAAAAGAGUCAUUGGUUAAGGAGGACUAUACAAAAUAUGCUAUAGGGUCCGAGGAUCAAAGCACUUCUUAAAAAAAGAGAGUUUAAUUUAGUGAUAUGAAGAAUGAAUCUCCUCACAGUUUUCAGAACAAAGAAAUUGAGUAAACGUUGAAAAUUACUAAUUCAAAAUCACCAUAUCAAUAACAUUUUAAUAAUGACCCUGUACAUUCAAAUGAAAAUAGUGAUGAUGAAGAAAAUAAUUAAGAAGAACAAAUAAAUGAAUCAGACUAAGAAGAUUAAAAUGAAGAAUAAUAAAGUGAUAUUGACUCUCCCCCUCAACCAAAAUCCAAUUAAAUAUAAGACAUCAGAUAAUACAUUAAAGAUUAAGAGUAAUAUUUAUAAAAAUUGGAAUAAUAGAGGAUCAAUACAAAAAUGAAAAUUAAAGAAGAAGAAUCAAAUUUAGUUUAAUCAUUUAAAAAUACAAGAAAAUAACAAUUUUCAAAAUAACCAAUCCCAGAAGAAUCAGAAGAUGAGUCUUCCUAUUAGUAAUCCCCAUCUCAAAUGAAUCAAGAGGAAACUGAUAGAUAAUAGGACUCUUUUUAAUAAUAAUCUUAAUCCUAAAAUUAAAAUUAAACUAGUCCAGAAACAUAAAAUCUAUAGAAAAGUUCAUAUUUGGAAACAAUUGAUAAUUUCGAUCCUCAAGAUAUUAUGGAAUAGUUUCUGAAGCCUAAAAAAACUGCCAAUAACUAGAAUAAAUAACUAUCUCUAUUUGCAGAUCCUCAAUCAUCACAAAAGCAGACAAUAUCAAGUUAAUAAAAAUAAUCUUAAUUUGUAACUUUAUAAUAAAUGAAUUCCCCUAAUUCUGAUUUAAAUUACUCCUUGAGUGAAGUUAAGAAUGUCACCUCUCCAAUUAAAAAAUAUGAAUUUUAAUAAACUUCCCCUCCCCUUGCAUAAUAACAUGAAUCUUCUCUAAAAAAAGAAUCUAUUGAUUCUGAAUAAAUGAAAUAUUCACUCUAAUAAUCUUCAGAGCAACUAUAGGAUUUGGUCUAACAAGAGUAUGAAGAAACAUUAGGAGAAAUAUUUCAAAAGAGAAAAGCCAUGUUAGCUAAGAAGUUCGAAUAAAGAUAAGAUUCAAAAACCAUGGAGAAAGGAGGAAAGACUAAGGAAGAAUUAAUAUAGAUUAGAAAGGAAAUGCUUAAAAGCAAGAGACAAGUCGAAAAAGAAAAAUAAAUACAAGAGGAAAUAUAGUAGGAACCUUCAGAGCAGGAACUAAGACCAAUCGAAUAAUCAGAAGACAAAAGGGCAUAACUAAUGAAAAGGUUAGCUAUGGGGGAGAAGGUGAAAGUGGAUAAGAAAGAGAUGAAAGAGUUGACAAACAAAAACUAUGAAUUGCUGCCUGAGGUAAAGAAAAAAAAGGAUGAAUAAGAAAAAAAUGAGAAUAUUAAGUCGAGGAAGUAAAAAGUUAAAGAAAUGGAUUAGAAACUUAGGGAAACUAUGAAAUAAAAAAGAUAAUAAUGUUCUUGA